GGGGCCGGCACCGCCGCGGCAAAAAUGAGCCUGCUGUCGGCCAUCGACACGAGCGCCGCCUCCGUGUACCAGCCGGCCCAGCUGCUCAACUGGGUCUACCUGUCGCUGCAGGACACGCACCAGGCUAGUGCCUUCGAUGCCUUCCGGCCCGAGCCUCCCGCUGGCGCCGCGCCCCCGGAGCUGGCCUUCGGCAAGGGCCGCCCCGAGCAGCUGGGCUCGCCCCUGCACUCCAGCUAUCUCAACAGCUUCUUCCAGCUGCAGCGCGGAGAGGCUCUGGGCAACAGCGUGUACAAGAGUGCCUCACCCUACGGCUCCCUGAACAACAUCGCAGACGGCCUCAGCUCCCUCACCGAACACUUCUCCGACCUGACUCUCACCUCUGAGGCCCGCAAGCCCAGCAAGCGGCCCCCACCCAACUACCUGUGCCACCUGUGUUUCAACAAAGGCCACUACAUCAAGGACUGCCCCCAGGCACGGCCCAAAGGAGAGGGUCUGACCCCGUACCAGGGCAAAAAGCGCUGCUUUGGCGAGUACAAGUGUCCCAAGUGCAAGAGAAAAUGGAUGAGCGGCAACUCGUGGGCCAACAUGGGGCAAGAGUGCAUCAAGUGCCAUAUCAACGUGUACCCGCACAAGCAGAGACCCCUGGAGAAGCCCGACGGCCUGGAUGUAUCUGACCAGAGCAAGGAGCAUCCGCAGCAUCUGUGUGAGAAGUGCAAGGUCCUGGGCUACUACUGCCGCCGUGUGCAGUGACCGCCACCACAACCGCCACACCCUGCCAGCACCCUGCCAGCUGCCUGGCCUGCUGGCCACCACUUUCCUGGCUGCUCAGCAGGACUGCAAGGCUCCUGGCCGGGCCAGGGGAGGGGGCAGCCUUCUCAGGCUGCCGGCCUGGUCUGGGGGCUCCUGGAGGCCUUGAGAAGUUUGACAGCAGGGCUGUGGGAGGCAGGGGUUUGUAAAGAAGUAAAAGCUGAGGUCAGAGCUGGGAUCCCUCGCCCUCCCCAGGCUCUUCUCCUGAGAGUCCCUUCUAAGUGAGCAGUCUUGUCUGGCCACCAGCGCACUAAAUGAACUGUGAAUCCCGAGAUCUGUAAUGGUGGGGGGUUGGGGGGAAUCAUCUCCUCAAAACCAGCCAGGUCAGCUCCCAGAACCUUCCAGCAUGCCUAUGUGACAAGCCCCUCGCUGAAUGCCCUAGUUUUCAAUCCUUCACCUGCCCUCACAGGGAGCAGACACCAUUCUGGCCACGGCUGGGGAGGGGCUUCUGUUCCCAACCACACUCAGAGCAAACCCCACCCACCUGGGACGUCACUGCAUUGCCCUUCAUCCAGGGUCCCCCUGAGCCUGGAGCACAGAGGGUGAACUGUUGGGCAGUGUUCUGUGAGUACAUCGUGCACCCCUCUAUUCCUGUGACUCCUCUGGUCCAGAGACAGUCUCCCACAGGCUUGGGUCCUUCCUUCUCUCCCCCUUGGUCUUUCACCCCCAUUAGGGGAGGGGGCUGUGAUCCUACCAAGGCUCCCAUAUAGAAGCUGCCCUGGCAGGAAGGACUCAGGGGCAAAGACAUCUCAUCUCUAGCCUCAGUUUCCCUGUCAGAGAGUGACACCAGACAGUAAAACCGACAGUGCCUGUCAGUUUUGAUGCUGUCCAGAUACCUCGCUGGGACAGAAAGCUUUAUUUGGGGGGAAUCCCAGGUUUGGGGGGAAGAUACCUGUCAGACAUUCCCCCAUCAGUCCUUUAGGAAGUCAGGGAGAGGGAAGCUGAGUCCACCCCUGUGACCCCUGUGUUUAUGUCCCCUUCCCUGCAAACACAGAAAAGGACCCUUCUCUUCACCUAAGUCUCCCCAAGCCCUCCUGGCUGGGGCAGGGGGCAAUGCCUGAAACAUGCCACAGAACCUCGCAUUUGAAAACCGGGGACAGUGAUUUCCUCCUACCUCCUAAGGGAGCCAAGAGGCCUCUGGGCACAUCGUAGGGCAAGUAGAAAUACACCCCUUCCCUUUCCCCAGUCUGUAGGUUGCCUUUUUCUCCCUGGGGAAGGAGAGAAUCAGCAACCAGGAUUGGUGGCUUGAUUUUUUUUCCCCCAACACUAUGACUCUGUAGGAAAAAGAAGAAAAAAAUAAAAAGAAGAAGAAGGAAAAGAAAAAAGAAAUCAGGCCACAAAAUGGUCCUGAAAUUCAAAUGUUUACCAUGGCUGGAGCAUACCUAUCUGGUGCCUAGUCGCCUUCUGUUUGCAAGUGAACAUGCUUUGUACAGUUGAAGAGUUACCGUAAAGUGUUAACCAAGGUCCAGGGAAUGAGUGAGAGACUGAGUGCUUCUAUAGGUGGAGCACUGCAGGAUGGGUUUUUUGGGGGGCAUGCCCUCUGAGCACUUAAGAUAUGGAUAUUUAUUUGCAGCCCUCCCCCAUACCCACCCAUUGGGGGCAGCAAGCCGCUGCAGAUAGCUUCAGCUCCCUCUAGGGACUGUCACCAAGGACUCCAAGCCAGCUGCUGCCCUAGGGGAAGAGCUGGGUGGCCAUGACCCAGUGUUUUUGUCCUCCAGAAGGAGCUGUUGCUGUCAAUCAUCCUUCUGAAUGUUGGGGGUUGGGGGUGAAGCGGUGUGCUUGUCUCAGCUGCGACAAUGAAUGGGGUCCCUUGGCUAAGGAGAUCUAAGACCUGCCAACCCGGCUGCAAAGGUAGGGAGGAAUCCCACACCCCGAACAGAACACAGACUCCAGACCACAAGAAGCCAGGCCAGCAGGAGAGCUGUCACCCCAAAGUGACCUUUUUGUUCGGUGGCUGGUCCAGCUGGCCGGCAUUACCCCGUAAUGACAUCUGUGCAGAGUCCUGCCUUUCCACCGCCACCUCCGCCUGGGGCAGUCCCUCCAUGCCUCCUUUCUCUCUGACUUUGGGAGCUUUCCAGGGUCAGCAAAAGACACCACUGCCCAAGCUAGUGCUUGGAGAAUUAAGUGCUCAGAGGAUCUGGUAGCCCAGGGGACAGGAAAGUGUGCAGUUGUAAUUAAGUUCAAAAGGGACAUUUGCGUGUAUUAAGUAGAUCUAGCGAUCUAGUUGAGAGGUUAUAGUGGAUGCCAUAUACAUGAAGUACUCAUAGCUCUAUUUGUGAAUUUGUAUUUAUUUUGAGUUAUACUUGACACAGAAUUCCUUUUUUUUUAAAAAAAACAAAAUAAAAAUACUAUGUGUGUAUUAUGAAGGGGAAAAAUUCACAGAUGUUAACAUUUCUGAAUGACCAGUUUUUGUCACAACACUGAAUUUGGUAGCUUCUCAUGAGAAAAAAAAUCUUAUGGUGAUUUUUUUUGUCUGUAUAUAUUUGAGGGCCUUUUUAAAAAAAGA